AUGGGAGAGUAUUGGUAUCGUUGUCCACCCGACGAUAAACUAGCUUAUUUUAUUCGCGAAUUGUACGACCCAACUGUAACUUGCAGCGUACGAUGUGAAGUGGGUUUUCUACCAAAUUCCGAAUGUCUUUUCCUAUUUCCAUGGAGAUGGACUUUAGCACUAUUGAUCUGUUAGCUGCAUUGAAGUAGGAUAGAUUAUCGAGUGAUACAACAUCUGCAAUUAAACGCUGUUCUCAAUCGAGUUUGUCACGUAGCAAACAUUUACAUUAGCUUUGGCGGAGGACAAUAACAAAUACUUCAAUUGAGCGCUAGAUAGUCGAACCUAUUUUAAUCCGUUCGAAGCGACCUGAAGCGGAUACCUCAACCCGAUAGCGAUUGAAGAUUGUAAUCCGGCAUACCAUUCGCAAAUAAAGGAUUACUCUCAAUCCGUGGGAAAUAUGGCCAUUCUCCCCAUCCGGACGCAGGCCCGUGGACCUGCACCUGUGAACCCUGGCCUGGAGCAAGACAUUAUCGAUGAAACGCUGUACUACUUCAAAGCCAAUGUAUUCUUUCGCACGUACGAGAUCAAGUCCGAGGUGGAUCGGGUCCUCAUCUACAUUACCCUCUAUGUGACGGAGUGUUUGAAGAAACUGCAGCGAUGUUCGAACAAAAAUCAAGGUCUGCAGGAAAUGUACACGCUGGCCAUUUCCCGAUUUGACAUUCCGGGCGAGGCGGGCUUUCCGCUAAAUGCCGUUUACGCACGACCGAAUUCAUCGGCUGAGGGCGAAUUGAUGAGACAGUAUUUGCAGCAGUUGCGCCAGGAGGUGGGCAUCCGUGUUUGCGAACGUGUAUUUUCCGGGGAGGACGGUAAGCCGAACAAAUGGUGGCUGUGUUUCGCCAAGAAGAAGUUCAUGGACAAAUCCCUAUCCGGACCGGGUCAGUAAGGCGAUACGGCGUCAUCCGCUAAAAGGGACGGACUUUUUAUUACGUAUUUGCAUUUUUGUCCCUAUCAAUUUCCUUUUAAAAAUAGAAUAAAUUCUGCAUAAGUUCUCUA